ACUUCCUGGUUGAAAGAAGAUGAACUCAAUCGUCAUACUCAUGCUGCCGGAUAAUAACAGAGGCUGUAUUUAGUUAGCUAACCGGCGGGGUUGCGGUUCUACUAUUAAAAAAUACCAAAACUGUGUCAGUAUUAGAAAUAAAAUGUCUGGAAAAGCAAAGGAUCUUCUGCAGAUGGACCUGUAUGGUCUGCUCGGCAUUGAUGGCACUGCUACACCGAAAGAGAUAAAGAAAGCGUAUCGACAGAAAGCGCUGACAUGCCAUCCCGACAAGAACCCGGACAACCCGAAAGCAGCGGACCUCUUCCACCAGCUCUCCCAGGCUCUCGAGGUGCUCACCGACGCGGCGGCCAGGGCGGCCUAUGAUAAGAUCUGCGCGGCCAAGAUACAAGCAGCGGAGCGGACCAGAAAACUCGAUGGCAAGAGGAAGAAAUUCAAGUUUGACUUGGAGGCCAGGGAGGGUCAGGCCGAGACCCAGACCCAGGAGGAAGCGGGGAACACGAGAUCCCUGGAAGAGGAGAUCGCCCGUCUGAGAGAGGAAGGCUCCAGGCAGCUUCAGGAGGAACAGCGACUGAUCCGGGAGCAGAUCCAGCGGGAGAGGGAGGAGCAGGAGCAUAGAGGAGCCGGUUACACGCACCCAGACUCGGGGCUGGGGAGAUGUUCCAAGAGCAACGUGACCCCCAAAUUGAAAUUGAAGUGGAAGUGCAAGAAAGAUGAUGACACUAACGGAGGCUACUCUCAGGAAGACCUUUCCAGACUGCUGCACAAGUACGGGGAUGUUUUGAAUGUGCUCGUGUCAAGCAAGAAGAAAGGAAGUGCUGUGGUUGAAUUUGCAACUGUCCGAGCAGCUGAGCUGGCGCUGAAGAACGAGAGGGGCCUGAACGAAAACCCCCUGAAGAUCUCGUGGCUUGAAGGAGAGCCAGAGUAUGUCGCCCCGGCGUCCCUACCUGACCAGUUUUCGCCUCAGGCCCCGCUGAGCACGGAGCGCGACUACGAGAGCGUGGUGCUGAUGAGGAUGAGGCAGGCCGCGGAGCGCCAGCGGCUCAUCGAGGAGAUGCAGGAGGAGGACGACAAAGCAGAGGCCAAGGUCAAGUCCUAGCAGGCAGGGAGAGAGACGGGUUCCUCCUCUCGCACACAAACACACCCACUCUGCCUCCCCUGGACUCGGGCUUUAGUUGCAUAAAGCCUCUUUAUGGACGUUUGUUGUACAUUUUUUUACGUUUAUACAUUUUAUCAGCGUUAUCAAAUGUGGGGAGAAAUAAAUCUAUUGCAGAACGGUAGAA